UCUGUACAAAUCACGAUUCCAGGCAGUGUAGGUCAUCCUCGUCGCAUCAAAACAGUGCUGGCUGGGACCAGGUCUCAAACCAUCUCCUGAUCGCAAUAACAACUCUUUUCUCAGCUCCACCUUCUUCACCCGCCCCCGACCUUCUCAGCUCAACCCUGAUCUCGCCCCUCCAGCGUCUCACUCCUCCUAUCUUCCCAGAAUCUGCAUCCGUAUCACCGUCGCCGCGCAUGCCCCCCUACGGACUCGGUAAUAGCCCCACCUGGCGAGAGGUGUUUGAAAAGGUCGUCCCUCCGGCGCCAAACGAUAAGCCGUCUGCCGGUUGCGAGGAUAGUGAUGCCAGAGAAGGGGAUUUGGAAGCGAUGGAUGCUGCCAGAGUUUCUGUCAAUGACAUGAGAGCAUGGGGCUUUACCUCUGUACACCUGCUAUGGGAGGAAGGGCAAUCAACUCAGAGAUACGAGGCUAGAAUCAACAAGAGUCUCGAUAUCGACUCGCUGGUCCAGGACAUCGUUACGAUCGGUCUGCCAGACCCCAAGAACCAUCCCCACACCGACACUCAGGAUUCGGUCCUCUCUGCUAUGAGCGAAGGCAUCAACAGAGUCGUCAACUCUGCUCUUAGGGAGAUAAUGCCGGCCGCUUCGCCUUUCUACUUUAUAUGGCUACCUGAUGCAGCACUUGCCACCGGGCUGGGAAGGCUCAAUCCUCGCCUCUACAAAGCGGAGAGGGAACUCGGAAAGGCCCUCAUAGAGGCUGACAAACUCAUCAAGAUCCAGAACGAUCCUCGCUUUCGAGUGAUAGCAGCCUUGAUCAUGGGGGCUCUCGAUGGCGAAGAUGGCAUUUGGCUCCGCGAAGAUGCAGACAAGGGUAUGACGUUAAGUGGAGAGUCUUGGGGAGAAGCCGGAGGGGACGACCCUAGAAUGGAAUGGGUGAGAAUGCUUAUCUGCCAGUGUAUCAACGAGCUGAUCACUCGCCAGUCCCAAGAGAUCCUUCUCACGAGCUACUCGUUGGGUUUCGUCAUGAGAAUCGACCAAAAACUCCCCUUGACCGAUGGUAACGCCUCUCUUCAGCUUAAAGUCUCCCCCAUGGUCGGCAAUCAGGGUCGAGUCAUUGGCUUCCAAGCUGAUGGUCAAGACUUCAAGCCUCAGUAUGACGUCGCCUCCUCCUCCCGUCGCUUGACCGAUAGGCUGUUGGGCCUCAAAUGCGGGUUCAGUCUUCCUUCUUCAACUGACGAGGACCGAGGCGCAGGGGAGUCCAGACCAAAGCGGAAGAGAGAGAAGCAAUCCAGUACUUCUUCUCCUCCUCCCGCUCGAGAGAGUGUGAGGAUUAGUGAGAAGAAUAAUGACGGCAAGCGGAAGAAGCACUCAUGAAUUUCCAACUCCUCUGCAAUAGAUCAUGUAGCACAAUGUACAAUAUGCACUAUCGUA